AUGAAAAACACUGGCAUGAGGCCGCAAUAUGCGACCAACAUUGCGUAUCAAAAGCCUACAUGGCCUUCAUGCGACCCCACCAUCGAAGCCGCCGCUUUGACCCUUCUUGAACCAGUACUCCACCAAAUCGGCGAGCAUCGAAAAAGUACCAGCAAGCGGUCUAGAGGGCGCAACAGACCAAACAAGCCGGCCAAAGAUGCCUCUCCCGCCGCUGAUGUCGAGUCAGAUGUGCUCAAUGCAGUGACGGUCGGCCUUCAGAGUAAUUGGAGGAAGCUGGAGGGACAGGCGAGAGGUGAGGCUACGGAAGACAACCCAAUCGCAAUUGUCUUCUGCUCUCGGGAUGCAAUACCUGACCCCGCUGCGGACGCGCUGCUUCUCCUGAUUGCAGCAGCAUCAGCUCGUCCAGAUACCGCUCCCAUCAGGCUAGUACCUAUUUCUGCAGACACCGAAUCCAAGAUCGCUGCAAGCCUAGGGAUGCCUCGCGCAGCUCUAGUCGGUAUAUCUGAGGGCAACUCGAGGACGGCGCCGUUAACACAGUAUGUACGUGAGACGAUAGCGCCGCUGGAAGCCCCAUGGCUCCGUGACAGGGAUCUGUCAAUGUACGUUGCCCUCCAGGUCGAGACGACUCUGGUACCGGUUAAGAGUAACAAGCGCGAGCCUGUCAGCACUCCCAAGGCGAAGUCAGGACAGGUGUAG